AUGAUAGCUCUAAAAACUAUUCAAACCUCCUUGCCUCCAACUAAGCAUGAUAUUUUCUACACAAGAAGAAUCACAAACACCACAAAACAUUCUUUUGUGUCUUUCUGCAACUGCAAGUCCAAAGAUUCUGACUCUGAAGAUUCCACAGCUGAAGGAGAUGCUCGUAAACAAGAGUUGCUUGCAAGAAUUGCAAUGCUUCAAGCGCAAAAAGUCCGUCUGACUGAUUAUUUGGAUGAGAGAUCAGGUUAUCUAACACAAUUUGCAGAAGAAGCCAAUACGGAGUUUGACAAAGUUGGAGAGGAUGCCCUCAAAGAACUGGAUGAAGCUAGUGCCAGGAUAAUGGAGAAUAUAGAGAGCCAAAUGCAAGCUUUUGAAGAAUCUGCAGAAAUGAACAGACAGGAGAUUAUGGAGAAUGAUAACAAAUUAGCAGAAUUCGAAGUUAAAAUGGAGGAAGAUCGGAAUGAGGGGCUAUUCUUCAAGAGCCUGAAACAGAAAAAACCUGUGGAUAAAGCAAAAGCUAAAGAGGAAAUGACGAAGAUAAAAGAGGUUACCACACAAAAUGCUCGUUCAAAAACCAGGAGGAACAUUUACCUUGCUUUAAUUGGUCUGCUAGUCCUAGGAAUUGCUGACUCUUUCAUCAAUGCACCCGAUUGGCGAAAAGUUGCUGUUCUCGGAGCAAUUUUAGUGCCUUUGCUUCUUCAGUUCCUCUACGAACAGGGAAUACUAUCAGAUACAGAAACAACAGGAAAUGGAAAGAGUGACAAAGAAAAGAAAUGAAAUUAAUCCUGCCAUUUUAGUUUAUUGAAUAUACUAUGUAAAGCUUAUAGCCUUGGUUUCAAUCAUAUAGCACUGAUAAAUAGCCCCAAGUGAUACUUAAAACUAGGGGUUGAUAACUCAGGCUACUUUGCUUUUGCAUCAUCUUGGUCUGAUGUUGGUGAUUACACUGCAUACACCAAAACCCGGAUAUUGAUUUACCAUGAGUGAUGCUUUGUGAAAAAUAUUGAAUUCCUUCUAUGAUAAUAUAGUUUCUGGCCA